UCUUUCACCCAGGCAUCGCCUCCAGUGGGAUCUACCAGCGCCCAGCACCAUGUGGGUGACCAAACUUCUGCCAGUCCUGCUGCUGCAGCAUGUCCUCCUCCAUCUCCUUCUGCUUCCCAUCGCCAUCCCCUAUACAGAAGGACAGAAGAAAAGAAGAAACACACUUCAUGAAUUCAAAAAGUCCGCAAAGACCACUCUAUUUAAAGAAGACCCAUUACUGAAGAUUAAAACCAAAAAAAUGACUACUGCAGACCAAUGUGCCAAUAGGUGUAUUAGGAAUAAAGGACUUCCCUUUACUUGCAAGGCCUUUGUCUUUGAUAAAGCAAGAAAACGCUGCCUCUGGUUCCCUUUCAAUAGCAUGUCAAGUGGAGUGAAAAAAGAGUUUGGCCAUGAAUUCGACCUCUAUGAAAACAAAGACUAUAUUAGAAACUGCAUCAUUGGUAAAGGAGGUAGCUACAAGGGAACGGUAUCUAUCACUAAGAGUGGCAUCAAAUGCCAGCCCUGGAAUUCCAUGAUACCCCAUGAACACAGCUUUUUGCCUUCGAGCUAUCGGGGUAAAGACCUACAGGAAAACUACUGUCGAAAUCCUCGAGGGGAAGAAGGGGGACCGUGGUGUUUCACAAGCAACCCAGAGGUACGCUACGAAGUCUGUGACAUUCCUCAGUGUUCAGAAGUUGAAUGCAUGACCUGCAAUGGGGAAAGUUAUCGAGGUCCCAUGGAUCAUACAGAAUCAGGAAAGACUUGUCAGCGCUGGGAUCAUCAGACGCCACAUAGGCACAAAUUCAUGCCAGAAAGAUAUCCCGACAAGGGCUUUGAUGAUAAUUAUUGCCGCAAUCCCGAUGGCAAGCCAAGGCCAUGGUGCUAUACUCUUGACCCUGACACCCCUUGGGAGUACUGUGCAAUUAAAAUGUGCGCUCACAAUACCAUGAAUGACACUGAUGUCCAUAUGGAAACCACUGAAUGCAUUCAAGGUCAAGGAGAAGGUUACCGGGGCACCAUCAAUACCAUCUGGAAUGGAAUUCCAUGUCAGCGAUGGGAUUCCCAGCAUCCUCACCAGCAUGAUAUAACUCCUGAGAAUUUCAAGUGCAAGGACCUAAGAGAAAAUUAUUGCCGAAAUCCAGAUGGGGCUGAGUCACCCUGGUGUUUUACCACUGAUCCAAACAUCCGAGUUGGCUACUGCUCCCAAAUUCCAAAAUGUGACGUGUCAAGUGGACAAGAUUGUUAUCGUGGGAAUGGCAAAAAUUAUAUGGGCAAUUUAUCUAAAACACGAUCUGGACUAACAUGUUCAAUGUGGGACAAGAACAUGGAAGACUUACAUCGGCAUAUCUUCUGGGAACCAGACGCUAGCAAGCUGAAUAAGAACUACUGCCGGAAUCCUGAUGAUGAUGCCCAUGGUCCCUGGUGCUACACGGGCAACCCUCUCAUUCCUUGGGAUUAUUGUCCUAUUUCUCGUUGUGAAGGUGAUACCACACCUACAAUAGUCAAUUUAGACCAUCCUGUAAUAUCUUGUGCCAAAACAAAACAGUUGCGAGUUGUAAAUGGAAUUCCAACACGAACAAAUGUAGGAUGGAUGGUUAGUUUGAAAUACAGAAAUAAACAUAUCUGUGGAGGAUCAUUGAUAAAGGAAAGUUGGAUUCUUACUGCAAGACAGUGCUUCCCUUCUCGAACCAAAGACUUGAAAGACUAUGAAGUUUGGCUUGGAAUUCAUGAUGUCCACGGAAGAGGAGAUGAGAAACACAAACAGGUUCUAAAUGUUUCCCAGGUGGUAUAUGGGCCUGAAGGAUCGGAUCUGGUAUUACUGAAGCUUGCUAGACCCGCUGUCCUGGAUGAUUUUGUUAGUACAAUUGAUUUACCUAAUUAUGGAUGCACAAUUCCUGAAAAAACCACUUGUAGUGUUUAUGGCUGGGGCUACACUGGAUUGAUCAACUCUGAUGGUCUCUUACGAGUAGCACAUCUCUAUAUUAUGGGGAAUGAGAAAUGCAGCCAAUACCAUCGCGGGAAGGUGACUCUGAAUGAAUCUGAAAUAUGUGCUGGAGUUGAAAAUAUUGCAACAGGACCAUGUGAGGGGGAUUAUGGUGGCCCGCUUGUUUGUGAACAGCAUAAAAUGAGAAUGGUUCUUGGUGUCAUUGUUCCUGGUCGUGGAUGUGCCAUUGCAAAUCGUCCUGGUAUUUUUGUCCGGGUAGCAUAUUAUGCAAAAUGGAUACAUAAAAUUUUAUUAACAUAUAAGGUACCACAGUUGUAGC